GUACGGAGAAGGUGGGAAGCGAAACGAGGCUGUGAGGCCGGUGCGGAGAGUCUUGAUAAGAGAUUUGUACUCAUCGAACGAAUAGUCAACUCCUCCUCCUAAACUGCACACACAUAGAGCUCAGUGAUCGCUUUGCCGAAGAGCUGGAUACCUGUAAGAAAACGUCUGUUUUGUAAUAACCAGUGCUGGACACGAACAAUUGUGCGUUUUUACGCAUUCCUUCCUUGCGUUUGUUAUUCUGUUAAAUUCGAUCGAUAUUCGUCGGUUUUGAAAUGUUUUGCGCCAGCAUCCACAAGCAGUACUGCAAUUCGCUGUUGUGAAUUCAAGAGUGGAGGCCAGGAUACUCACCACUACAAUUCUGCCGUGGUUUUAGUUGGUUUUUCUUUCUGUAUUGUCUCUUGGAAUACUUUUUGCCUUGUCCAUUUUGGUCGUAAUGCAAGUUGAACGUUUGCAGUAGUCCUUGAUCACUUUAAUCCGAUGACAGACUGAAAUUGGUGCAUUUUUGUGCAUCUUGAAAUCUGCAAGUUGAGCGCUGUUACUGGACCCAGAAUUGACAUUGUGGUUUGCUGAUCUGAGGGAGACGCUUGCAAGUGUAGCCCUCCAGUCUCCACGAUGCUCUUCCACGGGCUACCCGGAGGCGAGAUGCAGGGGGUCAUCGACGAGAUGGACCGGAGGGUGAAGGGCGAAUCUACCGCCAUCAGUUCGGCUAUAGACAUGGGGGAAACUGAGACGAGUAUGACGUCCAUCAACAGCGACCGUGUGGCCUUGUGCGCGGGCUGCGGGGGAAAGAUAUCUGACCGCUACUACUUGCUCGCCGUGGACAAACAGUGGCACAUGCGCUGUCUCAAGUGCUGCGAGUGCAAACUAAACCUCGAGUCCGAGCUUACCUGUUUCAGUAAAGACGGCAGCAUCUAUUGCAAAGAAGAUUACUACAGCAGGAGGUUUUCCGUCCAGAGGUGCGCCCGGUGCCAUCUCGGGAUCUCGGCGUCGGAGAUGGUCAUGCGGGCGAGGGAUUUGGUCUACCACUUGAACUGUUUCACCUGUACUAGCUGCAACAAAAUGCUCACGACCGGAGAUCACUUCGGAAUGCGGGACAGUCUUGUGUACUGCCGGCUCCACUUUGAGACACUCAUACAAGGGGAAUAUCAAGCGCAUUUCAAUCACGCGGGAGAUGUAGCCUCGGGCAAAGGACUUGGCGAGAGUGGCACGGGCAACUCGCUGGGGAUGCAGUAUUACAACGGCGUCGGUACGGGGCAGAAAGGAAGGCCGAGGAAAAGGAAAAGUCCCGGGCCUGGAGCAGAUCUGGCUGCUUACAACGCAGCGUUAAGUUGUAACGAGAACGAUGGAGACCACCUGGACCGAGACUCCCACUACUCCUCCAGCUCCAAGUCCAAGCGCAUGCGCACCUCCUUCAAACACCACCAACUGAGGACCAUGAAGUCCUACUUUGCCAUCAACCACAAUCCGGAUGCCAAGGACCUGAAACAGUUGGCCCAGAAGACAGGUCUCACCAAACGGGUGCUGCAGGUUUGGUUCCAAAACGCCAGGGCCAAGUUUAGACGGAACCUACUACGUCAGGAGAGCACAGGGAUGGACAAGGUGUCGGACGGGUCCACUCUACCAGGGGGGUCGCCUUCGGGCCCCCACUCCGAGCUCUCCAACGCCUCAAUGAGUCCUUCCAGCACCCACACCACCCUCACGGACCUGACAAGCCCCUCUAUUCCGUCGGUUAACCCUCUACUGACCGCCGUGCCGGGGGGCAUGGACCCCCACGACUCCAUGAGUAUGAGUCCUUCCCAGACCACCCUUACCAGCCUCUUCUGAUGUCACCAACACCACCCCAUCACAGACCGCCCUUACCAGCCUUUUCUGAUAUUACCUACCCCAUCCCAGCCACACUUACCAACCUCUUCUGAGGUCACCGAUCCCACACCACCCCACCCCUCCCUAAACCCAUCCAACACCACACCAGGUCACUCAAAGACUAAGAGACUGAAGAGAGAGACACUUAAAUACAUGAUAUUCCCCGUGGACCUUAGAUUACUGCCCCGUCUAUUUCUAGUCUUUGUAUGAGUAGCAACUAAAGCCUUACAGAGCGGCCGGCUUGAUUUCAUCAAGAGCUGAAGAUACUUUUUCUGUUUUCAUCUUUGUUUCCUUUCCAUGUUGGCUGACUGACACUACCCUCACCCGAGAUGUAGAUUCUCACUCCACCACCCCGACCACUCUGUUUCUAGGUAGAGAUAAAAAAAUAUUCAACAAUUAAAAAGACAAUGGAAAAGGACUGUGAAACUGAAAAUGUAUUUGGAAAAAACAUUGGAGAGUGUAAAAUGCAGAUACAAAGUACUGUAGCAAGGUUAUCCGGAAGACUCUAGCGUGCCUUAUAUAUUUUAUCACACUGAGGAAUCCCUGAUUGGAUAGAUGUCUGAUCUAGGUGGCAUAUUUCUUGAAAGAGUUUGUUGAAGGAUGGGUGACCCACUGACAAACCGCAUUUGCUUACAACAUGGCAAUGAAAGCCGAUCUACUUUACAAUUCACUCUGCACACAGUGGGGACUGAUCGAUGAAAUAGCAUUGAUGAGAAUUAGAAUUACAUUGAUAAAGUUAAUAUAAAGAUAUCAUGGUCAUUAUCUUUCAGACUCAGUCAUUGCUUGCAGUACACACCAGUAAUAGUUGGUUACAACUUCGAUAUUUUGUAACAAUAAACUGUCGUAUGCGGAAAUGAGAUAUAAUGUAUAUUGCUAUCUGACUCGUUGCUUGAUGGAAUUGCAAUGAUACUAUUUCCAGUCACCAUUUGAAUACACAACACAAGUAGCUACAACAUAUCUAACCAUUUUCCAGCAUCACACUGUAUGGAUUAUGAAUUGAUAGCUGUAACAUAUGGAUGAAGUUUUCAUAUUUGAAUAUUGUCUCAUUCGUCACUACAUAAGAGUUUAUAUCAGCUUAUAUCACUAUAGUGUACCAGAUACACUUCUACAGUAUAUUGUACCAAAUGCACUUCUACACGUCGAAGAGGGGAGUCAUGCACACUCACAAGCGCGCACACACACACACACACACACAUACACACACACACACACACACACACACACACACACACACACACACACACCGUACUUACCUCAGUCUGAAGGUCUUUCUAUGUUCUUACUGCUGAAACCCAGCACUCUGAUUUUGAUUCUUAAAGUCCCCACAAUGUAGGAUUAUAACAUAUAAGAAAUGUGCUUAGAACGGAGAUGCUUUAUGGGUACAUCCGGCACCCCUAAUCUAAAAAAAUCUUAAAGACCACUUCUAUAUACUUAUUUGGAAUUGUCCGCACAAAACAUGAUUGAAAUUGUCCCCACAAAAUUGUUCCUUGUGGGGACCUUUCUGAAUAUUGGUGUUGGUACAGAGAAACUAAUCAGGGAUUUGUGUAGUUGGCAAAUAAACCAACUUUAACUGGGUCGUGUUCAUUCAGACACACAGUAGCAAAAUGUUUUGUAAUGGAAAACGGAAAUUAGCGUUUCUUAUUGGACAAAUUCAUGUAGUACCUCCUCGUUUUGGACUGUUGUUUUCCUGUUUGGUGCCUACUAGAAGCUGGUAGGACUAGGAGUGUUUCUGAUAUGAAGAAUCAAGCUGCCUUCCUUUUGACUGUAACUACCUUUACUUAUGGAUGAGGAUGGUGCUCUUACCUUAUCUUUAUCCUUGUAUGCAUGGAGAGCUGCUGUUGGGAUUCAACAUCCCUUUAACCACACAGUCUUUAGUUUGUUUGUUUGUCCUUCCAUUCUUGUACAGUUGCCCCCUUUUGAUGUACUUAAGCCUUCAGUUCUUUCAAAACAUAAAAUGGUGGACAAAA